AUGGUGAUUCAGAAAACAGUUAAUUCCAAUGAAAGUUGCUCAAGUAGCCCUAAUUUGGAAGCUGCUUCAACCAAUGCUUGGAGUGUUCAAGCACCUACCUUAAGCAUUCGAAUGUCUACGAAUAUGCAAACGAAGCAGCCAGUUACACGACAAAUAGCCAUUAAUACUCUGGCGGCUAUGCAUCGCAGGUUCAGUUUGCCUGGUCCCGUUCAACCACAUUCAAGACCAAUAGCAGAGUUCCGAGCAAGUGCAAAUAAAUCUCUUGAUAUGCUAAGGCAAACGAUUCAAUCUUCAGUCACUCGAGAGAUAGAUCAAGUUAUUAAAAAGUAUUUAGAGAAAUUUUUCGUCCCAGCUGUGAAUAACAUCAGAUUGAAUCUCGGUGAUGAAUCAGUUAGCGAAGAUCAGGUGAGAGCAGUGUGCCGUGCAAUGCUGGAUGCUACUAGGUUACUGUACACAACUCCACCCCGGGUAUACCAGCCUACACCAGAAGCCACUGAUGCUGAAUCUACUCAAAACCUAGACAACAAAUUUACCAAAUAUACGCCUUGUACCACACAAAAACGAAAAGAGGUGGAAAUUGAAUCAGAUCUGAAAACUAAAAAAAUUAAACAAGAGGAGGGAAGUGAUAGUGGCCGAUCCUCACCAAUUCCUUCACCAGCUGUGAGAGACCCCGAUAAAUGGAAUCCUGCCAGGCUUACGCAAGACACUUUAUUUAUAAUGGGAUCUCAUGCUCAUAAAGUUCUUGGGUUAGGUAACGCUCGCGGUCGCCUAUACACUAGACAUGCAGGGCUGCUUCGAUAUCCUGCCGACAGUGCUGAUAAGGAAUGGAUAGCUAGCCACAACCUAGUGAAUGCAGUUGGUGGUAAAACUUAUAUCAUGGUUCUUGAAGAUAUAGAAGAGUUAGCCCAUAGUGAUGCAUAUAAACAUAACUCAUUACCUCUACUUGGUGAACUAACUGGUUUCAAAGUGCCACCAUUUAUGUUAAGAAAGAUUAAAGCUUACGUUUUAAAACGGGCUCUUAGUGGAGACUUAUCUAGUGCCGACAGUCCCCAGCCCACUACAAGCAAUCAAGAAGAUAAGUUUAAAAUAGAGGAUAUAAAAAUUGAGGCGCACGAUGAUUUUGAUUCAGCUAAUUUUAACGCAAGUCAAUAUAUGAACAAUUCAGAUGGUGCUGGAGUUGCUAACGAUAAUGACUUUGCUGAUAUUAAAGUGGAAGACAUAGAUGAUAUUAAGGUAGAUGGAAUAAAAAUGGAAGAUCUAGAUGAAAUGAAAGUUGACGGUAUCAAAGUGGAGGAUUUAGAAGCCAAUGGAAUUAAAGUGGAAAAUAUUGUUGAUAUGAACGUUGACGCGAUUAAAGUUGAAGAUAUUAAAUUGGAGAAUGACGAUGCGUUUGAUUUGUGUAAGUCGGAGAAUGAUGAGAACUUAGUUGAUGGUUUGUUAGAAGCAGAUAUAGAGUUUUUGAGCCGUAAUCUUGGCAAUAUUGAGAGUGAUGCAGAUGCAAGGAAAACCAUUGAGAAGCUAACUGGUGUUAAUCCGGACUCGAUAACGUUGGUCGGAGAUGAAUUUGACUUAGGAAGCACACUCAAUACAAAUUUUUCAGGCACUCAAACAACAAAGUGUAUAACAGUGGCUUCAACAACCAGUGGGAUGGUGCAUAGCGUCCCCGUCGCGCAUUUAGCACCGCCCCGUAUAACUGGGAACACUGUGCAUUAUUACACAAGCAGCUCAGUACAGGGGCAGAGAACUGUUCACCACUUGCCGCAGGCCACAGUUACUAUACAGAGUAUUCCUGGGUCCACAUCUCAAAUGAUUCGAGGCAUUCCAAUCAACACAAAGUCUGGGACAAUCAGCACAGUGAUGUCCCAGGGUACAGCAAAUACAAUAAUCGGCUUCGGAACUCACACUUCAAACGCGACGAUCAUAACACCAGCUCAGUACGUGAACGUAACUAAGUCAUUCCCCAACACCAACAUCCUGCAAAGCGCCAUAAUGUCCAAAAACGUCAACCAGAACUCCGGUAUAUCAUUUAAUGUGACUACGGUUCAGCCAAUCACGACUCCGAAAGUGAUUAACGACUUCGAUACGAUAGCAACAGCAAAAGAGAUGAUAGAUAACGCGUGUAACUCCUCUGUGAUGCUGAAGAAGGUUUUGACCCUGGGCAACGCGGGCUCAGCCAAGUCUUUUAUCAUGCACAAUACGCAGAAGGUGCUUUCCACCGGUUUCGCGACCGGAGCCACUCCACCACCGAACGUGACUAUAGUCAGCUCUGGAUCCAGUGGGAUGAUGAAUAAUUUGGGGUCGACAAUCGUGUGUCCCACUUCUGGGAAUCUGAGUGCUACGCAUGCCACUCUGUCUGCGUUAUUGGCUUCCACCGCUGAUAAUGUACAGGCAAGUAAAAAUUGA